AUUGUUAGUGCUGCCAUUAACUCGAAUAGACAAGUAAAACUAAGUAGUGUACAAAGAAACUUUUCAAUUUACUGCUUUUAAUCUUGCCCUUCAAAAAAAACUACAACCGUGACUUUUUGCUAGACAAGUUCUUUUUUUUUCUCUUAAACAAAAACCUCUUUAACCAAAAUGAACGUUUAUGUUGAUGGUGACGAUUCAGCUUCUAUGGAUUUAGAUCAACCUCAAUCGUGGAUUAGUUGGUUCUGUUCAGCGCCUAAUCACAAGUAUUAUGCAGAAAUAGACGAGAAGUUCAUCGAAGAUCCUUUCAAUUUAAGCGGUUUGAGUUCUCAAGUGCCCUUAUACAAAGAAACACUUGAAGUCAUUCUUAAUAUGGAACCCAAUGAUGCGAUGUACAGCCGUAUUCCUGACUUGAGCUUACUUCAACCCUCAGCAGAACUAUUGUAUGGCUUGAUUCAUCAACGGUAUAUCAUUACAAAGGAUGGUAUGCUACAAAUGUUGGAAAAAUAUAAGGCAGGUGAAUUUGGCAAAUGUCCUAGAGUUUAUUGUGAUGGUUGUCACCUUUUGCCUUGUGGUCAACAUGAUACACCAAAGCAGAGUAAUGUACGCCUUUAUUGCCCAAAUUGCAAGGAUAUCUAUAUACCACCUAAUCCGAAAUAUGCUCACAUUGAUGGGGCUCACUUUGGUACGACUUUCCCUCAUCUAUUCUUUCACACCUUUCCUGCAUGUAUCAGAGAAGUUACGCCUACUGUCUAUCAACCAAAAAUAUUUGGAUUCCGUGUUAGUCCACUGUCAUCGACGGGACCACGUAUGCAAUGGCUUAGAACAUUUCCUGAUAAAAAACUAACCGAGGAAGAUGAAGAGUAAAUAUAUAUAUAUAUAUAUAUA